CCUCAUCCAACGUCAAAGCCUCCUUUCGACGACCCCUCUCCUCCUUAUAUUCAACAGAACCUAAAAAACGAUACAAAUACUAAACACUCGCAAGCAAAAAUCCAAAGUGGCUCAACUAUCAAGACUCCUUCUUUUUGCUGCAUCUUUGUUUUUCCUGCUCGUUGCUUUACUGGUUCGUUGGAGAUUUGAGUUCUUGGAGCGCUUACCCCUCCUCCCUUAUUAUUACGGUCCACCUACACCUACACAUUCCGUUCUCGACGACAAGAUGGGUGGUGGUGAUGGAUAUCGGGCGGUGGCUUAUUUUGUUAAUGUUAGUGUUUUUUUCUCAUUUUUUUAAUCCCUUUUUUUCGUUGGGGUUUGCUGGAUAAGGGAGGGGGUGGUAGUGGGGAUGUGGGAGAGGGGUUGAUUUGUAUAUCUCUUAUACUGUUAAGUUGCAGUUUGAGGGAUUUUUGAUAUGAGUUGGGAGACUCAUGAAACACAAGUUUGGGAGGCUGAGUCGUGGGUGUUGUCUUGAAUGAUGGUCACCAUUUUCAGGUGUUUGAGCUGUGAGAGGAGGGUCAUCAGAGGACUUUGAUCGUUGUAGUUGUACAAUAUAUGACAAACCAAAGGCUAACUAUUCAUCAGUGGGCAAUCUAUGGUAGAAAGUUCAACCCACAAAUGCUACCAGCCGACAAACUCACCCACGUUCUGUACGCAUUUGCCAAUGUAAGACCAGAUUCAGGCGAAGUGUAAGUCAAACCCCACAAUCUCCUCAUUAUCACCGUACUAACGAAAUCAAAGAUAUCUCACCGAUGGCUGGGCAGACACCGACAUCCACUUUGAGGGCGACUCCUGGAACGACGUAGGAACCAAUCUCUACGGCUGCCUCAAACAGCUCAACAUCCUUAAAAAACGAAACCGCUCCCUCAAAAUCCUCCUCUCAAUCGGAGGCUGGACAUACUCCAGUAACUUCGCCGCACCAGCAUCCACCGCCGCCGGCCGUGAAAAGUUCGCCGCCUCAGCGGUGACACUCAUCAAAGACCUAGGGUUUGACGGAAUAGACAUCGACUGGGAAUACCCCAAAUCCCAAACCGAAGCCCAGCACUUCGUCCUUGUACUCCAAGAAUGUCGUCGUGCGAUGGAUGCCUAUAGCGCCACACUCCCUCACAGACACCAUUUUGAAAUGUCAGUCGCUUGUCCAGCCGGCCCGCAGAAUUACAAUAAUAUGGAUAUCAAGGGCAUGGAUGCCUAUCUUGAUUUCUGGAACCUGAUGAGUUACGAUUAUGCGGGAUCUUGGGACGCGAAUGCGGGGCAUCAGGCGAAUAUGUUCCCUUCUAAUACGAACCCUGUUGCGACGCCUUUUAAUACUAAGCAGGCGGUUGAGCAUUAUAAAAAUCAGGGUGUGAGGAGGGAUAAAAUCGUCCUUGGGAUGCCUCUUUAUGGUCGUGCAUUCCAAAACACUGAGGGUUUGGGGAAGCCAUAUAGCUGCGUAGGCGAGGGCUCGUGGGAAAAUGGCGUUUUUGAUUUUAAAGCCUUGCCGCUUGCUGGAGCGGAGGAGAGAUACGAUGAGGAAGCGGGUGCGACGUAUAGUUAUGAUGCGGGGAAGAAGCAUCUUGUUACGUAUGAUACUUGUGCGAUGGCGAGGGAGAAGGCCAAGUGGAUUAAGAAGGAGGGACUUGGUGGGGCGAUGUGGUGGGAGAGUAGUGCGGAUAAGAGUGGUGGUGAGAGUUUGAUUGGGACGGUUGUGGGGGAGUUGGGACAUCUUGAACGGGGACGGAAUUGUGUGGAGUAUCCCCAUUCCAAGUAUGAGAAUUUGAGGAAGGGGUUUGAGUGUUAGGUUGUGGAAAGGGUUGGAUAUUUGAUGGUAAAUUUUUGGUAAGGAUUAGGAUGGAUAAUUCAUGCGAUCUGGUAUCGUUGGUAAAAAAGUGGAUUUCAAUAUCAAAAUUGAGAAAG